CUGCCAUUGAAUCUAUACCAUAGAAAAAGAUGCUGCAAAUAUUAUUUCCUUUUUUAGCGGGUGCUAUAGAGGCGUACUGCAUAGCAGUGUCGUUUGUGUCAAUCUGGAGCCAAGACUGGUACACGGGUGAUGGGGGUUCAUAUGGAAUCGCUACUGGUUGCCAGGAUGGCAACGCUACUGCGCAAGUAGGAGAUGCUUUCAAACUAAAUAGUUUCUGUGAGUUCAGCUGGGGUGAUCUAGAGGGCACGACCCAGAAAAUUACCGCUUGCUUUUUGUUUGCGGGCGGGGUCUUGGGUAUUGUAGCGUUCCUACUGCUACUUAUCAUGGUGUUUGGACACUACUGUUUCGAAAUGAAGCCUUUCGCCGGCAUGAUGGUGAAGUAUAUCUGUAUCUUGCAAUCAAUUGCACUUGCUGGAGCACUCAUCGCGAUUGCUGGUUUCUGGCGUUGGGGCACUCCUCCUGACACCAAUGUAGGGGCCAUGUUUUACUUGGUUGUUUCGGCCGCCGGUGGAGCCUUUAUCUGUGCAAUCUUGUUGGAUUGGACGUACCAAUUCAAUAAAAGACGCGCUCGCAUUGCCCACAAGAAGGCAACUGAGCCUUCCCCUCUAGAGCGUAGCAAGCCUCCAGGAUAUGGACAAAGCCGUAAUGGCAACACCCGUAGCCAACAAGAAGAUAUAUAUCAUUCACAAGUGAACAUUGAUGACUCUAAAGCUGAUUUGAUGGAUGAUCAAGAAACAGAAGAAGAUGCCAGUUCCAGAUCUGCCAAAUCAGGUAGAACAUCCCAGCUAGAAAUGGUUGAUGAGCACGUGGAUGAAGACCCGAGAUCCAUGAGGUCAAUCAACUCAUCGAAGUCGGUUCACGAGCCAGAGGAAGAUGACAAAUCCAUCAGGUCAACAAAGUCAUCCAAAUCGGUUAAUGAGCCGGUGGAUGAUACCAAAUCCAUGAAGUCAACAAAAUCAUCUCAGUCGGUUAAGGCUGAGGCACCUACACCUGAUUCCAACAACACGCCUACUGCAAUCAUUCCUCCACCCCCUCCACCACCACCCGUAUAAAUGCGUUUUAUAAAGUGUAACGCGCUUGGAAAAUAAAAUAUCGUUUUUCCAGUACUGGGAUUGGAAAUGGCCGUCGGGUUCCCAUUGUUCACGUGGCUGGGUAUAUACUUAUUACGCGUUAAAUCUUAUGCUCGAUAUAUGUAAACAGAUAUAUAUAUAUAUAGUCUAUUAAAUUCCAUAGCG